GUUGGGGGUUGGUCUGAGGCGACACUGUCCAGAGAAAACGGUGUUGGUCAGCUGGUGCCGGGGGUGUGGAGGGGCGGUGUUUGUUGACACUCUUGACACUCUUGACACUUGGCACUCCCAUGGCGGCCCUCCUCCAGUGGCGGAAGUUUGGAUUCUUCGACAUCAAGGCCAACAUUGAUGGAGGGAAGUUAGCCGAGGUAGUGAAGGAUGCAGAUGUCACCUGUGCAGCCGCAGGCCGUGGACACGUUUACGUAGGGGACACAAAUGGUUGGGUCCACAGCCUCACGCGUCAGCUUAAACUGGAUUCUUUCCAGGCACAUGACCGAGCAGUGAACUCCAUCACUGCCUUUGAUAAUACCAGUGUCAUUAUCACCGUAGCUGAUGGCAAAGAUGGCCCAUCCGAGAUCAAAGUCUGGGCUCCGGACAAGCCAGAUGUUCAUGGUCAUCCAGCAUGUUUACGCACCCUCUGUCCUGACCCGAGGCCCUCAACGUCUGGGUCGAGGUCGACACCGCAUCAGGCACUCCAGGUGCCCAGAGUCACUGCUAUAGCUGUUAACCCCAACUUGUCCCUAAUGGCAGUGGGCUUUUCUGAUGGGGCAAUUAUGCUUUAUAGAGGAGAAGUGAGUAGGGAACGAGGCAGCAAACACCGUGUUCUGUUGACAGUCUCGAGUGGCAUCACGUCUCUUCACAUACGCCACACACCACGCUCCACUCACCUAUUUGUAACGUCCCACACCAAUAUUUAUUGUGUCAACUGCACUGUCAGGGACAAGGAAACUACAGUGGAACUGGACUCGGUAGGUUGUCAGCGAGGCUGUGCGACCCUGGCUGAUGGUCGUCACGAGCAUUACUUUCUCGUGGCCAGGCCUGAUGCCAUCUACAGCUACACAAGUGACAGUAGAGGAUCAUGCUAUGUGUUUGAAGGAGAGAAGACAAUGGUGGCUUGGUUCAGGGGGUACCUCAUCGUUGCAUCCACUGACAAGGGAGUGCCACCCACCAGGGUCAGUGACCGAACCAUCACAAUAUACGAUCUGACCAACAAACUAGUUGCCUUAAGCACUAAAGUUCAAGGCUUGGCAAGUGUUGUAGGAGAAUGGGGAGGCCUCUACCUUGUCACUGCCGAACCCUCUUUGAUUCACAUGUCCGAGAAAGAUCUUCAUAGCAAGUUUCAACUUCUGUUCAAAAAGAAUCAGUUUGAUAUUGCUAUUAGCCUGGCCAAGACUCAGUGCUGUGAUCAGGAAGAAGUAGCAGAAAUAUUACGUCAGUACGGAGACUGGCUGUAUAGCAAGGGGAACCACCCGGUCGCAAUGGAUCAGUACAUCAAGACUAUCCCACACCUUGAACCCUCGUAUGUCAUUAGAAAGUAUCUGGAUACCCAACACAUUCACAACUUGACGACUUACCUGCAAGCUCUGCACAGGUCUGGAUCAGCAACAGCUGACCACACUAGUCUCCUCCUCAACUGUUACACGCGCCUGCGUGACACUCAGCAGCUGGAUGAAUUUAUCAUGAGCAAGAAUGGUGCCGUAGACUGUGACGUUGAGCUGGGGGUGCGAGUGUGUCGCAGUGCGGGCUACUUCGACCAUGCUCUGGCCCUGGCAGCCAAACACGGUCUUCAUCAUCAUCAUUUGGCAAUCCUCAUCGAUGACAAGAAAGACUAUGUAGCAGCUUUAAGGUAUAUUUCAACUCUGGAUUUAGAAGAAGCGAAAGGGAAUGUCCUGCGGUACGGGUCAGUUCUGCUGAGUCACGUAGGAGACGAGACCACCGAGCUGCUGAUCAGGCUCUGUACGGACUAUAAACCUAGUAACACUCCAAUCAUCAAAGAGGGAUCUUUAGAUGGGUACCUGACCCCAGAAGAGCCAGUAUACGCUGAUCCUGAAGACUUUGAAUACAUGCUGGUGGGCCACAGCGAACAAGCUAUCACGUUCUUGGAGAAGAUGGCGACCAUACCGGGCAAGCUCUCGGUCAAGUUGUACACCACCCUGCUUGCUGAGUAUCUUCACCAGUACAGUCUUGCUCCUGAAGGUCAAGAACAAGUAGCUUUGGGCGAGAAGGUGAUGGAGCUAUUACGCAGCACAGACAAUGAGUACUGUCGUGACCACGCACUCCUGCUCUGUGACAAGCUCAAGUUUCAUGAUGGAAAGCUCCUUCUGUGGGAGCAAGCUGGAAUGUACGAGGAGUUGCUGGCCUGGUAUGCUGAGCUCGGCGACAUGGACAGCAUGCUAGCCGUUUGUUCUCGGAAGUCACAUCAGCAUCCUCGGCUCUGGUGUUCAGCCUUAAAACUCAUAACGUCCUCUUCAUCUCUGGUCCCUCCAGAUCAGCAACACCUCAUGACGUGUCUUAGCAACAUAGAACAGAAGGGGUUACUACCCCCAUUAGAAGUUGUUGACCAGCUGGCCACCUCUCCACACAUCAGCCUGGGCCAAGUGAGAGAGUACCUGCUGAGAGUGGUCUCUACGCACUCUGCCACUCUGGCUGCUGAGGCCGCUCGCACUCAACAGUACUCACAGGAAACUUCUCGCAUGAGGGACACCAUCCGUGAACUGCGGACUAGUGCUACCCAGUUUACUGCUACCAAGUGCAACAUCUGCAACAAUGACUUGGAGCUGCCAUCUGUACACUUCCUCUGUAGACACUCCUUCCACCAGCAUUGCUUCGAGAGCUAUAGUGAAAGUGACUCUGAUUGCCCUGUAUGUUUACCCGAGAACAAGAAGAUGCUGGAUGUUAUCAAAGCACAAGAGACACACCGCAGCCAACACGACCAGUUCCAUGAGCAGUUGGAACGAUCAGCAGAUUCGUUCUCUGUGGUGGCAGACUACUUGGGACGAGGAGUGUUUACCCAUCUUCAUUCCCUAGCGGCUAUGUAUCCUUCCCUUAAUACAACGAAGAAUCAGAGUAAUGUUGUACCUCGUGCAGUUGCCGUUAAAGUAGCACAGGAUGUGGCAGACUCUGCCUCGGAGGCCCGCAUCAGGGCUACUGAGAUCCGUCCCAAGCAUGGCAAGGGGGUGGUUGUUCCUGAACCCGAGGGCCGACUCCGGGCACUAGAGAGAGUGAACCAGGGACCAGUCGGUGUCGGUGGGGAAGGUCGACUGAGAAUGAGUGAACGUCGCGGUCAGGGAGUGAUGGAGUCUGAACCUGAGAGCCGGUUGCGAACAGAUGGCCGCAGCGGGUUAUCCCAAUUUAUGCCAGAGAGUGCCUUAAAGGUUACUAGCACUCCUUCAGAAGGCAGAGUCCGCCAGGAAAGCCCAAGUGCGAUUUUAACAAGUCCUACAGAAGGCCGGCUAAGAUUGGGAGUGACUUCAAGUGUGGCAGUUCCUGCAGCUGAAAGUAGAAUAAGAUCCAAUGAAAAUACGAGAAUGGGAGGAGGUAACAACAGUAAGUGUAGUCCAUCUCUCCACGAUCACAUCACUGGAUCCCCAGCACGUACCGCGGGCAGAGAUCUCAAGCAAGACUCUCCCAUUGAGAGCAUAUCAACAUCCCUCUCAAACAUAAACAUCUCAAGACCCAAGACACUCUCUGACAACCCAUUUCAGGAUGAGACUGUGGAUGCAAAUAAUCCUUUCUCUGAUGACUUUGAGACUGAGCAGCUAGAGAACGACCCUUUUGCAGGUGACUAUGAUGAAUCCAAGAACCCAUUUGCUGAAGAUUCUCCUGAGAGUAAGUGUUCUGAUGAGAAAAAUCCAUUUGCCAAAGAUGAUUAUGACUCUCAGUUGAAUCCCUUUGGUGAAUCCUAGUUGUUAUGUAGGGCAUAGUGUGAAUCAUUCUUAUCCAGCAUUGGUGGGUAUAUCAUAAUAAUUCAGAGACAAUUUUUAUUGUUAUUUUUAUUAUAAUUAUUAUUGUUUAAUUAUUAUUCUGAGAAUAUGACAGUGUGGCUGAAAUAAAUAACCCAACCCACACAUACCAAAUGAAAUGAGAGUAACUUGUAUCAUGACUUGUUAAGGGGGCAGGAUUGGACCAAAACAUCAUCACGUUCAUUUAAGUCCUUAUGUGUGGGUCAAGAUAUUUGGAAUUAUUAUAAUGAUAGAACACAGCACCCUCAGUACUAUAGUAUUGUCUUCCUAUCCAUAUUUCAACUAUUGUGCACUGUAUUAAUUGAAUUUGCAUGCAGUGGAACGACUGGCAUUUAGGGAAGAUUUGACUUGAAAUGUACUAUGUAUGUAUAGAUCUGCACGGCUGUUUGUCUGAAUACUGGACAUUUAUUGAUAUGCCGCCUUUUGCAGCUUUAGAAUGAUUUAGAUGUUGAUUAGUAUAUUCUUUUCCUAACUCUGAGUUGGAAAAUGUGUGUAGAUUUAAGUUCCUGUACUACACAUUAUUUUCAUAAGUAAAUUAAGUUCUUUUUAA